AUGAGCAACCUUCUUGUGAGCACGCCAGCGGCGGAUUUGCAGCCAAAAAAACCGGGCCCGUCGGUCCACCUCCUCAGCGGCGGCGCCGCGGGCCUCGUGUCGUCGUUCACGCUCCAGCCCUUGGACUUGCUCAAAACACGGCUCCAGCAGCAGCAGAAGGAGGUGUCCGGCUACCGCACCAGCGUGACGCGCGAGCUCCGCAAGCUCGCCCACGUGCGGGACUUGUGGCGCGGCGCGCUCCCGCUGACGCUCCGCACGUCCGUGGGCGCCGGGCUCUACUUCACCAUCUUGUCGCAGGCGCGGCUGUACUUGGACGGCUUGAAGGUGCGCGCUGGCCCGCGGGCGCCGCGGUCCAGCGUGUUGCCCCGGCUCUCGCACUGGGAGAACUUGGCCACGGGCUUCGUGGUGCGGGCGCUCGUGGGCGUGGUCACCAUGCCCAUCACCGUCAUCAAGACGCGCUUCGAGUCCAACAUGUACAGCUACAACUCCUUGUACGAGGGCUUCGAGGGUAUUUAUUCGGACGGCCCCGCCCGCGGCGCGCCGGGCUCGUACCGCAACUUCUUCCGCGGCACCACGGCCACGUUGGCGCGCGACUGCCCCUACGCGGGGCUCUACGUUCUCUUCUACGAGGGCUUCAAGAACGACUUGUUCCCGCCGCUCUUGCUGCUGGUGGACGGCGCGGGCUCCGUGCUCGCGGGCAUGAACAACACCUUGGCGGCCGUGAGCGCGGCGGCGGUCUCCACCACCAUCACCGCGCCGUUCGACGCGGUCAAGACGCGCUUGCAGUUGGCGUCGCCGCUGAAGCCCCUGCUGUCCAUUGUGGCCGUCACGCGGCAGUUGGCGGCCGAGCCGGGCGGCGUGCAGAACCUCUUCAGCGGGCUCUCCUUGCGCCUUGGCCGCAAGGCCUUGAGCGCGGGGAUCAGCUGGUGCAUCUACGAGGAGUUGUUGAAGAUGCUAUAG